AUGAUCGCUCCCGGUUGGUCUUCUAUAACUAAUUAUCCUUUUUCGGAUUUGGGGAAGAUAUGGAUUCUGUUUAAGCAUACGACGGUUAUCACUCCCCUUUUUUUGGACAAGCAAUCAAUCACUUGCGAGGUUACCUUAGAAGAUGGGAUUUCUUUUAUAUACUCUGCUAUCUACGCUUCAAACGAUCUGGAUGAGCGACAAGAGCUGUGGUUAUCGUUACAGGAUACUUACGUCUCGUUUAAUCUUGCAAACAGGCCUUGGAUGUUAAAUGGAGAUUUCAACGAGAUUCUUGUUCCGCAAGAAACCUCUAACUCUCGUGUUACAAACACCACUUCUGCGAUGAGAAUCUUUGGAGACUGUUUGUCAAAUCUUGGGGUUUUUGAUUUGGCAUCACAAGGUCCAACGUUCACUUGGACAAAUAAGUGUCCUUUAGCUCCGGUGGCAAAAAAACUGGACAGAUGCUUAAUCAAUGAUCAUUGGUUACUUUUGUUCCCAUCCUCUCACUGCAUCUUUGAGCCCCCGGAAUUCUCGGAUCAUACUCCUGGUCAUGUGAAACUAGUAACUCCUCCUCCCUCUUAUGGUACGAGGCCGUUCAAGUUUUAUAACUUCUUGGGAAAUUUGCCUUCUUUUCUUCCGUGUGUAAAGGACUCAUGGCUGUUGGCUGGUGAAAGAGCUUCUACUCUGGAAAAAUUUGGUUUCAAGCUGAAAACUCUGAAAAGACCGCUGAAGACUUUAUGCAAAGAGAAAUUCAGCAGUUUGGAAGUUAGGGUGCAAGAUGCGAACCGUGAACUUAAGCGUAUCCAACUUGAGGUCUUAAACAAUCCAACGUCGGCAAAUGUUCAGUUGGAACAAGAAGCACGUGAUAAUUGGCUACGUCUGAUAUUGGCAGAGGAAAGUUUCUUUAGACAAAGAUCAAGGAUAAAAUGGUUAGGUGAAGGUGACUUCGACACCAGGUUUUUCCAUUUGGUCACAAAAGGGAGAAAUGCUUCAAACGCUAUCAAAUACCUUAUCAAGUCUGAUGGGACUCGCACAUCAUCUCUUCAGGAGGUCCACACGAUUGCUGAGUCUUAUUACGCUGGAUUGUACAACUCUAUAAAAGGAGAAUUCAGUCCACAUCUACAGGCAACGCUGGAUAGUCUUAUCGCCCAGCAUUAUUCUGUGUUUCAGCAGCAAAUGAUGAAAAGCUCUUUCUCUGUAGAGGAUAUCAAAUCAUCACUGUUUAAAAUGCCGCUGAAUAGGACACCUGGUCCAGAUGGUUUUCCAGUGGAGUUUUUUAAACGAGGUUGGGAAGUGUUAGGUGAGGAGAUUACGGUCUCUGUUCAGAAUUUCUUCUUGUCCCCGUUCAUGCCCAAAGCACUAAAUUCUACCUCUUUGAUUCUGAUUCCAAAAAGGAGGGGAGCUGAUGAGUUGAAGGAUUUCAGACCCAUCUCCUGCCUAAAUACUAUCUACAAGCUGAUCUCCCGGCUGCUCUCAGAUAGGUUGAAGAGAAUUCUACCUAAAUUGAUCUUGCCAAAUCAAACGGCAUUCAUAAAAGACCGGCUACUUUUAGAGAAUGUCUUUUUAGCUGCUGAAGUUAUAAAGGGAUACCAUCGCCAAAAUCUUUCUCCCAGAAUCACGUUGAAAGUAGAUAUAGCGAAAGCCUUUGAUUCCAUGAGGUGGGAUUUUAUUCUUACUUGUCUGUCUGCUUAUAAAUUGCCUGCAGAGUUCAAUGCUUGGAUCAAGAAAUGUAUCUCCACUCCAUCUUUCUCAGUGAGUAUAAAUGGGAUCACCUCAGGAUAUUUUAAAGGGAAAACGGGCCUCAGGCAAGGAGAUCCUCUUUCCCCAAUUCUGUUUGUUAUGGCAAUGAACAUUCUCUCCAUUAUAUUGAACAAAGCAGCCGAGGAAGGUAUAUUCAAAUUCCACCCAGACUGUGAAAAUGUUCAGCUUACUCAUCUCGCUUUCGCAGAUGAUCUGCUUAUCUUUUUGGAGGGUUCAGCAGACUCAGUUGACGGAGUGCUCAAAAUUCUCGCUCAGUUUGAAAAGAUGUCAGGUUUAGCGGUGAACAUUACUAAAACGUCAAUGUUCUGUUCCGGGGUCUCCACUCAGGUUUUGAAUGACUUGCGAAACAGAUUCUCUUUAGAGGCUGCCUCCUUACCAAUUCGGUAUUUAGGUCUCCCGCUUUCCUCUAAAAAACUCUCGGUAAAUGACUGUGAUCCCCUGAUCUCAAAAAUCAGAAUGAAGAUGAGCAGCUGGAUGCAUCGUCCUCUCAGUUUUGCAGGAAGAUUAACUCUGUUGUCUUCAGUUAUUUCGGGCUUAAUAGUGUUCUGGACUCAGGCAUUCUUUCUCCCCAAAACGGUGAUAAGGCAAAUAAACUCGUUAAGCAGUUCGUUUCUGUGGCACGGAAAACUAGACUGUCCUACGGGUGCGAAGGUUUCAUGGUCGGAGGUAUGUUAUCCAAAAGCUGAAGGAGGGCUCGGCAUCCGAUCAAUCAGUUCUUGGAACGAAGUUUGUGGUUUAAAACUUUUGUGGAUGCUGUUUUUUAAGUCUGGUUCAAUUUGGGUUGCGUGGAUGCGUAAUAGAUACUUAUCUCGGCAAAGUUUCUGGUCUCUCAACCAAGAGAACCCGUCCUUCUCUUGGACUUUUCGGAAAAUCCUAAAGCUACGUCACAAAGCCUCCUCCUUCUUGCGCAUCUUAAUUGGUUCUGGGGAGGAAACUUUCUUUUGGUGGGAUCCAUGGACACCUUUUGGUCCUCUAAUCUCUUACUUGGGACCGCAGGCUCCUGCUAUCAUUGGUAUUCCUCAGGAUGCCUUAGUUAAAGACUGUAUAUCAGACCUAAACUGGAUUCUCCCGCCAGCAAGAUCUGACCAUCACCUAGAGGUUUUCUCGUUCAUUUCCUCUGUUGCUAUUUCAAAUUCGUCAGAUUAUCCUGUUUGGAUUGUCGAGGGGUGCAUCUCUAAAGAAUUCAACAGUAAAGUGCUUUGGAAUAUUAUCAGAGAGUCUAAACCUAAAGUUCCGUGGUACAAGCUGGUGUGGAACAAUGUAGCUAUUCCAAAGCAUUCUACGAAUGCUUGGCUUUUUAUUCUUGACAGGAAUCCAACUCUAUCGCGUCUUCUCUCUUGGGGUCUAGAUGUGGAAGAAUCUUGUCUCCUUUGUGGUCAUGCCCAAGAAAGUCGUGAUCAUUUAUUCUUCUCAUGCCCUUACUCUCUUCUCAUCUGGAAGUCUGUAAUGGUUAGGAUCCGUUGUGUUUCUGUUCCUAUAUCCUGGUCCGACUCCUUACUUUGGGUGAUAUCAGGAUCAUCUUCUUCUACCAAAUCUCUUGCGAUGGCUCAAGGUUGGCAGGCCAGCAUCUAUGAGAUUUGGAGAGAGAGAAAUAGACGGUAUCAUGAAGGUAACACUUCCCCACCUAUAGCUAUUGUAAACCGCAUCUUGUCUGUCCUAAAAAACAGGGCAGUUGCGUUGAAAAGCUUGAGCUCGUGCAAAGGUGAUCCUCUUCUACGCCUCUGGGAAACUGGUCUGUAG